ACCUCUGUUCAGAUCGGGGCGUCCGCUUCUCUGUUCAGAUCGGGGCCUGGCGUCCGCCGCACCUCUGUUCAGGUCGGAAAUGCUGCCGUCCGCUCCUCUGUUCAGAUCGGGGCCAGGCGGUGUUUCGGAGGCACGGCCGACCACGUUUCUGGUCGUUUGAAAUAGUUUGUUGUUCUGUUCUUCCAGAACUAAAACUCAUCUUUAUUGCAUAGAACUCCCUAGUUUGUGCUUAUGACAAGUUCAUUCCAAAGUUACACUAGUAUGCUCUCUAUCAAAGACAUAUCACCUGCAGCACAGAACAACAUAACCACACAAUUCAUUCUAUUGGACAAAGGCAGGGUUGCCACAGAAGGACAGAGCAAGACAUGCUUGGCACUUGUGGCAGAUGAGACUGCGACCGUGCAUUUUCAGUUCUGGGGUGAGGAGUGCGACCUGUUCAAGCCCGGGGAUAUUAUCCGUUUGACCAAUGGGAUUUUCUCUUACAACAGGAACCAUCUUCUGUUGAGAGCAGGGAAGAGAGGGAGCAUCGAGAAGGCUGGCGAAUUCACCAUGACUUAUGUCGAGACUCCCAACAUAAGUGAGAUGCAGUGGGUUCCCGAUCCAAACAAUUCUAAAAAGUAUGUACAGGAAGCUGUUAUAUCUCCUUACUCACGUAUUUUCCCUCCGAUGCUUUGAUGGUGAAUUUGUUUUGUAUGCUGCUGUUACUGGCUGCAACAAAUAGACAAGCAUAUGUGGGGUGUACAGUUUUUUCCUUGACCAAAAGCAAAAGAACCCUUGCUUUUAGGUUUGUUUUUGUUUCGGAAAAGCACUCAAUUUACGUUGGAGUUUUGUUCCUGCAAGUUUGUGAAGGUCAUUAUAUUGAUUUCAUGACUGUUGAGAAGCC